UUACUCCGUUAACGCAAGUUGCAGCUGGAGUAGAGGACCACCAUGGAUUUCAAUUUCAUUAACAAGGAGCAAAAGAAAACCGUAGACCAAUCCAUCUUAUUGUGCUGCAAGUUAUUUAUUUCUGAAUCACGUAGUAUUGCUAUUCUUGAUGCAAUCGAACGAGCUGCGAGGUUGAACCCAGAAACAGUCAUUGUGAACACAUUUCCUGAUCGAGCUUACAACAGGGUAAGGUACACCCUUGUAUCGUAUGUUUUGCAUGACUGCACAGGAAGUGCCAUAUACAGUCCCUUGCACCAAACUGUUGUAGCCAUGGCUGAAGCAGCAUUCAAUGCCAUCAACCUUGAAUUGCAUGAUGGGGCUCACCCCCGUUUAGGUAUAGUGGAUGACAUUGUUUUCCAUCCACUUGCUCGUGCAUCACUAGAUGAGGCAGCGUGGCUGGCCAAAGCAGUGGCAGCAGACAUUGGCAACCGAUUUGAUGUGCCUGUAUUUCUGUAUGCUGCAGCACACCCAACAGGGAAGGAACUUGACACCAUAAGGAGAGAGCUUGGAUAUUACCGGCCUAAUUUCAUGGGCAAUCAAUGGGCAGGGUGGACUAUGCCUGAUAUCUUACCACAGAACCCUGAUGAAGGGCCUAUUGUUGUUUCAAGAGCUAAAGGUAUCUCAAUGAUUGGUGCACGCCCUUGGGUUGCACUCUACAACAUACCAAUCUUGUCCACUGAUGUAUCAGCAGCAAGAAGGAUUGCAAGGAAGGUUAGUGCUCGUGGUGGAGGGCUUCCUACUGUGCAAACACUCGGGCUUGUUCAUGGUGAGGAUUCAACCGAAAUAGCUUGCAUGCUAUUGGAGCCUAACCAGAUUGGAGCAGACAGGGUGCAGAACCGGGUUGAGAUGCUGGUGGCACAAGAAGGAUUGGAUGUAGAGAAAGGAUAUUUCACUGACUUUUCUCCAGAAAUGAUCAUACAAAGAUACAUGAACCUAAUCUCUGCUAACAGAUUUUAACAGGCUUUGCAAUUCCGUAAAUAAAAAAAUUGUAAUUGCCUUAAUGGUUGGCUGGAAUGACAACCAAAAGGCUGACAAAAGCGAAGCAAGCACUUGAAAACUGCUGAUGUGAGUGCCUGUUGCUUCUAUAACUUUGAACCUAGAGUAUCAAAAUAUUAUAAACAAAAUUAUGACCUUUUGCAUCAUGAAUAUAUGAUCUAUAAG